AUAAACUGUAAGCCUCUAUGGCAUCAGAAUCCCCCUUCAUUCCAGCUGCGAGGAGAAAAGGACACACAUGUUCCAGAACAGUUUCUGCUAAAAAAUGAGCUCACACCGGGAGAAUAUAUGGCUCAGAGACCUAAGAAGCGUAAAGUACAGGAUUCUCCAGACAUUGAUUUUGGGGCUGGACCAUCAACUUCUAAAGCAAAAACUGGUGGUAAAAGGGACCGUGAAAAUUUCAGAAGUGCUCUUGUUAACAUCAUUAUGCAACCAGACCUUCCAGAAGAAUCCCUUUCCAUAGAAGAAGCCAAACUAGGCAAAUCUGAAUCCACUGCUGCAAUAGAGAAAGACAUUUUGAAAUAUUUCUAUUAUAUUCGCCAUGGAAUAGAUACAGAACACGUGGCCCCAAUGGAAGACUCAUGGCUGGAUAAUGUCUUGGCACUGGUGCCAAAACACUUGAAAAUGCUCAGCGAAAGUGUUGGUGUGCUCUCGGAUGAAAUGCGAGAGGACUAUCUUCUCAGUGUGAAGAAAGCAAUAG